AUGGUGGUCAAACCCAACGGCCGUGCACUUCGGUUAUACCCUGAGUGCCACACAAGUCCAAAACAUAUUGAACUAACAAAUUUGCACCCCUUGACAGGUGAAGACGGUUUAACAGGGAAACCAACUGGGUGUUUGAUGAACAUCUCCCCCGGAUCAACGAAGUACUGGACCCCACAGUGUGAAGUGGCCAAAACGCCUUUUGAGGGACAAGUGUUCACUACUUUGGAGGGAGGAAUUGAGUUCUACAAAGCUUAUGCCACUACUACUGGGUUUGAUGUGCGGCGCGCUUCCGAAAAAACGGAUCGGCAAGGGCAAAUCACGUGGAAGUAUGUGUUGUGUUCACGUUCUGGCUUCAAACUCCCUACCGGCCAAGGGGAUGGGGUAGGGGUGCUAUCAGCCGAAGACAAUGCCCCAACUAAAAGGCGCCGUGUCACGAAUAGGGUGGGGUGCAACGCUAAAAUAAUAUUCAAGAGAGCAAAGGACGGUAAUGGUUAUGAGGUAGCGGCAAUUGAGAAGCGCCACACCCACUUGUUGUGCACUGCAGUUUCUAGGCCCUUCAUGAAGGCAAACCGGAACCUAGACCUUGGGCACCAAAACUUCAUCAUCAAUUGUGCCAAGGCAAAUAUCGGGUACACCAAAUCAUUUACACUAUAUGAAGAGAUGGUUGGAGGGUUUGAGAAUGUUGGAGCUACAGUAACAGAUUUCGGGAAUUACAAAAGAGAUAUAAUGGCGUACAUAGAAGGCGCAGAUGCCCAAUUAGUGAUUGACAAGUUCAUGGCAAAGAAAGAAGUGUCCACCGACUUCUAUUUUGCCCACGAUGUUGAUGAGCUUGACCAACUAUGUCGAAUAUUUUGGGCAGACCCACAAGCUCGACACAAUUUCAAACAAUUCGGCGAUGUUAUGUCCUUCGACGCCACAUACAGUACAAACAGGUACAAGCUGGUGUUCGUGCCAUUCACCGGGGUGGAUCACCACAAGAAGAGUGUGACAUUCGCAGCCGGAUUAAUUGCCAAAGAAGAUGUGGACUCCUACACCUGGCUGCUCGAACACUUCAAAACGGCAAUGGGUAAAGUACCCACGUGCACAGUUACCAACCAAGAUCCAGCGAUGAGAGUGGCAAUAUCGCGUGUUUUUUAUACAACAUGCCACAGAUACUGCAUGUGGCACAUCAUGACAAAGGUUUGCGAAAAGGUAGGGCCCACAUUAGCAAGGAAUGAAGAUUUCUUAAGAAGCCUAAACAGUGUGGUUUGGAAUGAGACGCAAACAAUUAGUGAGUUUGAAGCAGCAUGGCAAACAGUAAUGGAAAAACAUGAACUGGUUGACCACAGAUGGUUUACCCACUUGUUUGAGAUGCGUGAAUAUUGGAUACCAGCAUUCUUUAACGACAUGUUCAUGGAUGGCUUAAUGAAAACAACCUCAAGGUCGGAGUCAGAGAACAACGUCUUCAACAGCUGCACUUCCCCACAUCUAAGUUUAACGGACUUCUUCAUAAAGUUUGAGAAAGCAAUAGACAAACAACGCCACACCCAAACAAGGCUAAACGCAGAUUGUGAGGACAAAUUCCCAGAGUUGAAGACAACUUUAUUGCUAGAGCGUCAAGCUGCUACAACAUAUACAAUCGCUGCUACAAGAGAUACUUGA